AGGACACAUGGUGAUGGGAGACUCCUUCAACACUUCUCUCUUCAAGCAGACCUUCCAGCGGGUAUUUAACAAAGGGUUCAACGGGGAAUUUCGGAUGGCUUUUGGUGCAAGUUUGGAUGUGAAGACAUCUAGGGAGCUGAAAAUUGCAGGAGCUAUUGGACCAUGCAUAUCCUUGAAUGCUAAAGGGCCAUGUGUCUCUGAAAAUGAGCUUGGAAUUGGAGGAACAUCUCAAUGGAAAAUUUGUACUCUGGAUCCCAGCACAACUCUGGCCAUUUACUUCGAAGUGGUAAAUCAGCACAACGCACCGAUACCUCAGGGAGGCAGAGGGGCAGUGCAGUUUGUCACUCAGUAUCAACACUCCAGUACUCAGAAACGCAUUCGUGUAACCACCGUCGCCAGAAACUGGGCAGAUGCACAGAGUCAACUCCAGCAUAUAGAAGCUGCGUUUGACCAGGAAGCAGCUGCUGUGCUGAUGGCACGACUGGGAGUGUACAGAGCUGAAUCUGAGGAGGGACCUGAUGUUCUGCGAUGGCUGGACAGACAGCUGAUCAGACUGUGUCAGAAAUUUGGACAAUACAACAAAGACGAUCCCAACUCCUUCAGAUUGUCAGAAUCGUUUUCUUUGUAUCCCCAGUUCAUGUUCCAUCUGCGACGCUCCCCAUUCCUGCAGGUCUUCAAUAACAGCCCAGAUGAAUCUUCUUAUUACCGUCACCACUUUGCUAGGCAAGAUCUGACCCAGUCUCUCAUUAUGAUUCAGCCCAUCCUUUAUGCUUAUUCUUUCCAUGGACCUCCUGAGCCAGUGCUUUUGGACAGCAGCAGUAUUCUUCCUGACAGAAUCCUUCUGAUGGAUACUUUCUUCCAGAUAGUGAUCUACCUUGGUGAGACUAUUGCCCAGUGGCAGAAAGCUGGUUACCAAGACAUGCCCGAAUACGAAAACUUCAAGCACCUGCUGCAGGCCCCACUGGAUGACGCCCAGGAAAUCUUGCAGACUAGAUUCCCAAUGCCGCGUUACAUCCACACGGAACAUGGGGGCAGUCAGGCCCGGUUCCUCUUGUCUAAAGUGAACCCUUCUCAGACCCACAAUAACCUCUAUGCGUGGGGACAGGAAUCGGGAGCUCCAAUCUUGACCGAUGAUGUUAGUCUCCAGGUAUUCAUGGACCAUCUGAAAAAGCUGGCAGUUUCAAGUGCGUCAUGACUUUGAUCCAACGGAGAAGCAAGACUUGAUGGAAGAGUUACACAGAUCAUGUUGAUGACAGAAGUGGAGCAACUUAUUUACAUUUCCUUUUUUCUCUCUCUCUUAGACUAAGGUUUUUAAGUAUGAAAUGAAAUAAAUAUUCUGGGAGAGUUUUGUACUUGGCCCUUCUA